AAUUAACAUUAUCCGAGACAACGAACGGGUGAUGAUUUGUAAAAUUACUUGGCAGCUAUUAUAACGGAAAGUCGCGUACAGUCUGCUUUAUGAUGUGGCCCGACGGACGUUACCCGACGUCGAUGACCGACUACGUCUACAACUUGACUCUGUUGGUGCUGACCUACGGCAUACCGAUGAUCGUAAUGCUCGUUUGCUACUCGCUAAUGGGCCGAGUGCUGUGGGGCAGUCGUUCGAUUGGCGAGAACACGGAACGCCAGAUAGAGUCGAUGAAGUCGAAGCGAAAGGUCGUCCGCAUGUUCAUCGCCAUCGUCUCCAUCUUCGCCAUUUGCUGGCUGCCCUACCACAUGUUCUUCAUCUAUGCAUACCACAACAACCAGGUGGCAUCCACGAAGUACGUGCAGCACAUGUAUCUCGGCUUUUACUGGCUGGCCAUGUCCAAUGCCAUGGUGAAUCCGAUCAUCUACUACUGGAUGAACAAGAGAUUCCGCAUGUAUUUUCAACGGAUCAUUUGUUGCUGCUGCUUGGGUCUGACGCGCUAUAAGUUUGACUCGCCGAAGAGUAGGUUGGUGAACAAGAACAGCUCGAAUCGAAACACUAGAGUGGAGACCAAAAGUCAGUGGAAGCGCAGCACAAUGGAGACGCAGAUCCAGCAGGUGCCCAUCACAUCGUCGCGGGAGAGGCAGGCGGUGGGGGCAGCACUGAACCACAUGGCCGUAGAGUGCGUCAUCGAGAGGCCAAUGGAUGACAAUAGCUCGCCCAUUUGUCUAUCUAUAAACAACAGUGCGGGCGAGCGUCAGCGAGUGCGAAUUAAAUACAUUUCAUGUGAUGAGGACAACAAUCCGAUUGAGGAAGCAUCCGAGAGCAGCAGCAACCACAGUCAUGGUCACAGCCAUAAUCACAGUCACGGUCGCAGUGGCAGUCACACUCACGCUCACAGAUGCAGUCACAGCCACAGCCAAAAGACGACAGGAACUCAGGAACUGUGAUGGACAAGUUUCAAAGCGGAUUCGCCUUCUUCGAGAGCCACUCAAAAAAGAAAAAGUUUCAUUGUAAAUACGAAUAUUAGCGAGAUUAUAUGAAUUUUUAGAGUCUAAUAAAAUACGUUCUAGUGCAGUCCAUUUUGUACUUACCAAAGCAUCA